AAACGUAUGAAAAUUUUCCGAAACGUCGCGGAAAAACAGGCGCAAGCUCUAUCGGAAAACCCUGCACGCAUGCCUGAAUACUAGGAUCGUUUUCCACGUUUAUUGUGAAAGCUGCACGGGGCGUCAACACAUGAAAAACGUUUGUGGGAAAACACUCCUUCACAAGGAUAAGGAGAACCCCAACCGGGGGAAAUGUACAUCCAGUCCGCCCCUGUAAUGGAAAAUCCCCUGGAUGCACUUUCACAAACGGGAACGGCAGCUAGGUGACCCAAUUAAGGAGAGAUGUCCUUCGAAGCUGACAAGCAAUUCUUGUGUCCCCGACUGAUAGACUAUCUGGCUAUCGUCGGGGUCAAAUCCAGCAAUAACGCCACCAAAUUAAGCUCAAGUACCUCGAUACAAUCUCCAGAACUACUGCGGCGGUACCCAAUUCAAGACCACAAGGAUUUCCCAAUGCCCCUUGACAUGGUGUACUUCUGUCAGCCGGAGGGCUGUUCUUCAGUAGGACCAAAACGGACAGCUCAAAGGGACGCCACAUCUUUCGUCUUCACCUUAACGGACAAAGAUUGCGGCAAGACACGUUACGGCAUCUGCGUCAACUUCUACAGGCCGAUCGAGAAGCUAUCGGCUGGACUAUCGGCGUCCGGUAGACGGGCAAGCACAAGCAUCAGAAGGAACUCCUGGAGGAAGAGCAUGGAGAAGAGUUCAGACUCGGCUUUUUCUAGUGAUUACAGAAGCAGCAACGUUGGGCCAAGCGACUCGGAAAAAGACACGAGUAGGAGGGACUCUGAAUCCUUGACACCAAACCUAACAACACCUAGGUUGGGAGUGACCGCCCCUUCGAACGACUCCGAGAGUGGGGGAAGUCACUCACCAUCACCUAGAGCUAGCAGAAAAAGAAAUAGGAUAAAAAAUCACUCCCUUACCUCCCUUUGUCUUUUAUCGCAUCAUCCCUUCUUCACGUCGUUUAGAGAGUGUCUGCACAUAUUGAAGAAGCUCAUAGAUGCCUGCAAUGAAUCUUCGAAUCCUAGAAGAGUUGGCGGGUCAAAACAGGCUCCUAGGGAGAGUGUUUGGAGUGUCUUAACUGGACAAGCUGGGGAAGGUGCGUCUUCUAUAGUUCUUCACGAUGUUAGGGAGAUCGAGACGUGGAUUCUGAGGUUGCUCUCAGCUCCAGUUCCAAUACCAGGAAAGACAAGGGUGGAAGUAGAAGUAUUAUCACCAAGUGUAUACAGCCCUCUAGUGUUUGCCUUACCAAGUCAUACUCGAUUUAGCCUUGUGGACUUUCCUCUACAUUUGCCUUUAGAAUUAUUAGGUGUCGAAACUUGUUUGAAAGUUCUUACGAUUAUUUUACUGGAAAACAAAAUAAUUUUCCAGAGUAGAGACUAUAAUGCUCUUUCAAUGUCUGUGAUGGCUUUUGUUACGAUGUUAUAUCCUUUAGAGUACAUGUUUCCGGUAAUACCAUUGCUACCAACCUGUAUGAAUUGCGCCGAGCAGCUCUUGUUGGCACCCACUCCUUAUGUAAUUGGUCUUCCAGCUAGUUUUCUGAUGUUCAAGAAGAAUUUCAGACUUCCUGAUGAUGUCUACUUGAUCGAUUUGGAUUCGAAUAAGCUCUUGGCCCCUCAAGAGAUACCUUCACUACCAGAACCCGAAGGAACAAUACUCAAGAAUCAUUUGAAGCAGGCUAUGCAACUGAUGGAUACUGUUGGUGUUGGAGCUAUAUCGGGUCUGUCCACUCCGAAUAACCAGCCGACGCAGUUACAGCCAUCGAGGAGAGACAGCGUGUCGAACACUUUGAGCAUUUCCAAACAGAAAUCUCCAGAUCCGACACCGCUGCAUUCGCCUCAUCAAUGUCCCUCGCCCAGGCUAUCUAUAACGCCCCAGUCGACUCAAAGUUUGAGCCCUCAAAAGUCGGGCGUUUCGCCUUCUUCGCCUGGUGGUGUGAACAACUUCAUUUAUGGAAACGACGUCGAUUCCGUUGAUAUUGCAACAAGGGUGGCUAUGGUGCGUUUCUUCAACUCCCAGAAUACCCUGGCCAACUUCACAGAGCACACCAGAACUCUGCGUCUAUACCCGAGGCCGGUAGUCGCCUUCCAGAUCAACAGUUUCCUCAGAUCUCGUCCAAGAGCCUCGCAAUUUCUCAACAGAUUCGCCAGGACACAGGCCGUCGAGUUUCUUGCAGAAUGGUCGUUGACUCCCACCAACGUCGCUUUUCAAAGGGUUCAGACUGGCGUUUUGGAUCCAUCUCAGAUUGGAGACAAGUCCAAGUGGUUCUUGCACACCUUGGAUCCCAUCAAAUUCAACGUAUGGGACGAUGGCAGCUCUCUGAAUGGAGCUUUAAGAUUACUCCAAAACCCCGAAAACCAACCGACCGAUGAAAGUGGUUCCGACUCCGAAGGUGUCGAAAGCACCAGCUCAAGCUACUCCUCGCUCAGCGACUUCGUCUCGGAGAUGGCAUCUUCCGACCUCUCCCCAUGUGCAGCCUCCUACCAGGACCGCAGGAAAUCCUCGCAGAACAUGUGCCUCUCCUCCAACAUCGAUAUAGAGUCGGUCUACCAUCCUCCUGACAGCCUCCUGUACCCCGACAGUGGGCUGCCUUUGAAACUCGAGUCGCCGAGCAGAUCGAGCUCGAGCAGCGAGUCCGACCUGAGCUCGCCCUCGUUCAACAGGGACUCGGAGUUCGAGUUCGGCAAGCCGAAGGCGGAGCCAAGCAAGGAGAACGGAGGAGGGGGAAGCAUGGAGAACGAGUCGGACUCGAACUCGACGACCACGCCCAAGACCAUAGUAAGUUCGAAUACUAUUAGGCCGGAGUCUUCGAACGAUUCGUUGGAUAGGUCGGCCUUGAGAGGUCGCAGGUCAGUGACGCCGGUACCCCCUAUAGCACCUUAUUUGCAAAAACAGCCGAGCGUAGGUAACGUCCUAGCUAGGACGUCCAGUUUCGGGUCGUCCGGCAACUCAUCUCAGUCCGGCGGUGGUACCCCGACCCUGGUCCAGAGACAGAGCUCUCAGGGCUCCCUCUUCGAACAGUUCGCCUCCCAGGCUAAAGAGCUAGUCAAAGAGACCACGAGGCAGAGCAGCCAAGACGGCCUGCUGGCCCACAUGGACAAGUUCAAACACCAAGCCAAAGAGAAACUAUCAGAAGCCGAAGAAAGCCAUAUAUUUGCACCAUUUGACAAAUUGACCCACCACGCAAAGAAAGCUGCUGAAGAAGCCACCAAGAGUGUACAGGAAGCGGGAAAAUCUGCCUUAUCCGCCAGCAAAACAGCCACUGCUGUCAGCAAGAACACCCUAGAAGAUUUGACUUACGUCGGUAAAUCUACCCUAGGCGACUUGACCAAGAGCGCGAAAGAAGUGGCCAAAAAGGGUUUGAUGAGGGGUGACUCUUUCAACAAGUCCAUAGAAGAACGACGCGAUUCUACCAGCAGUUCGACCUCGGUGAUAGCAACAUCCAACGUUAUCACCGGCGCAGGAAGAGAUUUCUUCUCCAACAUAAGCUCCGACAUAAACGGGAUAGCAGCUAGUACCUCGAACAUGUUCUCCGAUCUCUUCGGCAGCAAAAAGGAGAAAAUGAAGCAAGAGGCGCAGGCGCAGGUCCAACCCAAACGCAAGGAUUCCAAGGUCGGCAUGUUUGGUCCUUUCCCUACCGGUCCCAAAGGAUUGGUGGAGAAGAGUCCUCUGAUAAAGCAUUCGAUUCGGUCCAAGGAAGAGGUUCAGAGGAAGCAGACCACGGAGAGAACCACGACGAACACUGAGAACCAAGCUUUCCUCAAAGAUGUUGUAAAUCAAGUCCUGGAAGGUGAAGGAGUUGGCUGGCUCAAGCUGAACAGGCUGAAGAAACUUAUGGAGGACGAAUCCUACAGGAACUUCGUCCUCAGCAAGAUAAAUAAGACACUAGACCGAAAAAUAGCACCAGAUGAUCACAUAGAUGACGUUUGCGUUUCCAAACCCAUCUGGAAGGGUAUGGCGAAGAUAGUGCAAGCAAUAGUUCACGGCCUGGAAGUAACAUACGAGAACUACGGUUUGGGAGGAAUGGCAUCGGUGUUCCAGCUGCACGAAGUGGCACACACGCACUACUGGAGCAGAGAUGUGACCGAUUAUAGUACGGGCGGUGAUUUCACUCAGGUGGGUUAUUUAUUGUUAUACUUUUUGAGCAGGGAUCACCUAACACUUUUUUUCCAGAGUUCGAGUCCAAGGUCACCUCAGAGUCCACGUUCUUCGCUGCAGCUAGAUUGGGACAACUCAAGGAAAUCUUCCACCGAGACACCAGAAGUUAGACUGACUAGUGACGAAUCAGAAGAAUCUCAACAAUCGACGACAGACAUGUUUAAGGACAUGAUAACCCAGAAGAAGAACCUCCUGUUCAGCAAACUGACGUCCUUCGAUUCUGAGGCCGAAGGUGGAAUGCAUGGUUCGGGUGGUACAGUUUCCCCCUCAGGUGGUUCUAUCACCACUGGACCAGCCUGCGGCUUGAACAGGGGCGGUCUGCAAUCCUCCUAUCGAUCAACAGUGUCGGACACCGAGGUCGAGAAUCUACAGUAUCCGAAAACUAACAAAACAAGAACGUCUAGCGUUUGGUCUAGUAAGUCGUCUCUGAGCACCGGAUUUAGGUACCAUGGAGGUCAAAUAGUCAACACCGUUACUUCUCCUUCUCCAGAAACUGCUAGGACUUACCUCUUCGAGGUUCUGGUCGCUAAGGAUAGGUCCAACUUGUGGAACCAAAUGCAGUUCUGGGAGGAUGCGUUUCUGGAUGCUGUUUCACAAGAAAGGGAUAUGGUUGGGAUGGAUCAGGGUCCAAGAGAGAUGAUGGAAAGGUACAAAAGCCUCAGCGAAACCGAGAGAAAGAGACUGGAGUUCGAGGAAGACAAGUUGCUCGCCACCAUGUUAUACAACCUGACGGCGAUUCUGGUCAUGUUGAACUGCAACAAGAUGGAGAUCAAGAGGAAGAUCAGAAGGCUUCUCGGAAAGAGCCACAUCGGCCAAGCACACAGUAAAGAGGUCAACAUGCUGCUAGACCAGAUAAACAAAUUGAAUGGCAACGACAUCGACUUGAAACCUUUGGGAUCACGGUUGUUGCACCGGCAGAGUUUUACAGUCCACCAAGGUGUGGAUGGUGGUGGUGAGUUGAGGUUCUUGGAGGUUAGAGACGAUGGUUUGGUUCUAAGAUCUGUGACUGGGAUUAUAAUAGAGAGGUGGUGGUUCGAGAGACUGGUCAAUAUGACUUACAGUCCCAAAAAUAAAGUACUAUGCCUUUGGAGGAGGAAUGGACAGCAGACGCAGUUGCAUAAAUAUUACACCAAGAAGUGCAAACAGCUGUAUUACUGCAUCAAGGAAGCCAUGGAAAGAGGAGGAGUGGCAGGAACAGCUCCAGAACUUGGCGGAGAAUUUCCGGUACAGGACAUGGUGACCGGAGAAGGAGGUUUGCUCCAAGUCUGUCUGGAAGGUGUCGGUUUACUGUUUGAAACCAGCAAGGACUUUGAGUUUUUCAUAAGGAUUGAUCAUAUAAGGAAGUGCUUCACCCAGAAGGGGACUGUAUUUGUUAUUGAGGAAUAUAAUCCAAAAACAAGGCAAAUAACCCAGAGAAGGUACAAAUCGCAGAUGGCCGACCAGAUCUGCUACUCGGUGCUCUGCGUCUUCUCCUACCUGGCAGCUGGCAACGAGAAGUUCUCUUCCAACGAGAAGGUACCACCAAGCACCCCUCAGCCUCCUUCGGUGUUCGUCCCGAUGUUGAGCAGUUGUAUGGUGCCUGCAACAUCCCCACCAGAUCCCGUACCUUACGAGCCAGCUCCCCCACCAGACGCAAAAAACCAAACUGAGAAGAGGGGGCUAGCAAUAGCGUCAAGCCAAUUACCGCCAGGAUCAGUCACACCUACCGGAGGACCGCCCUCUUAUCCCCCUCCAGCAUUACCACCCGGGGUGCAGCCUCCAGCCCCUCCACCAGGAAAUAUAAAGCCAGUGGUUGGGUCCUCUCAAGUUCCUCCAGGGAGACCGGGGAGACCUCCCCCCAUCCCUCAUCGUUCCUCGUUAAGCAGGCAGCCGUCUACCCCUCCACCCCCUCCCAGACCCAAGUGACGCAGCAGGGGACUCUCUUUGCCCUUGAUCUACGGGGAUGAUGUUUUUUGCGUGGUACCGUCUUGUCUUCCAUGGGUGUGAGUGGGUUCUUCGUCUCAUCCAGUGUGAGGUGGUUUCUCGUUGUUCGUAUUACGGGUCUUUAAGGGGUUGUGGGAUGUCGACAGCUGGAAGAUUCUGGAUGAUGUAGUUCAAUAUUAAAUUUUACCGCAUAAUUUUAAUUAUCUGAAUAUCAUUUAUGAAAUGCACAGCACAAAAAGUAAUGAGACUAAAAUUCUUGAUGAAUUGCACAUAUUGCUAAGACUGUUGAAAAGAACUGACGAAUCUAUGUUAGGUAAAAAAUUCCAGCAUGUUUUUUGUUUAGGAAAUAUUGUUGUAUAGUUAUUUUCAAAACACUUGUACAGAUAGAGAUGUUUUACUUAUAUCACAUUUAUUAUCAUUAACCUCUGACGUCAUAUAUGACGUGCCAGCUUUUAACAGAAAUGUCAAAAUUUAGACUGAAAUAGCCCUUAAUAGGACGCAUACUCCAGUUUCUACGAAAAUUGUCAACUAGAAAUUCCUAGAAUGUCUCAUUAUAUUUUGUCCAGUGUAAUUAGUAUUUAUGUUUAUAUCUCAAGAAAACUUGAGUGGCAGAAACAUGAGAAUUUGAAAUCAGUGUUAUGGCAUAUCGAAAAAGAAAAUUGAAAUAUACCAGUUAUUGACAAUAUACACUCGACUAUUUCAGAGGUUGUAGACUUAUAUUUUUUUAUAGCUAGGAUGAUUUCGUUGGAUUGUAAUUAAAUGAAUGAAGUCGUACCCUCCAAAUUUUUGUCCCUCCAAUUUUGGGGUUGCUACGAUAAAACUUAAUAGGAAAAAAAAAUCGAGAUUCUAUUGAGUUAUUGUUGUGAUUAUUGAUUCAUUCAUAUCAGAUUGAAAAUAUUUCUUUUUUUGUGUUUAGAAAUAUAUUCAACACGAAGUUACAUUAUAGAGAUUUUUAAACUGAUUCUUUUCAAGUUGAGAAUUGACGAUUUUAUUGAAAUGUUGAUAUUGUUUCGGAGAAAAGAGAAUGUGCCUACAACUUUGUGUGUACUUGUACAGGAUGUCAUAGACUUUGCUCUCGUUCGUAUAGUGAAAUACUGUUGCAAAAUUUCUUUGUGCAAGCAAUAUCGAUGGCGUAUUUUAUAAAUUUCAAUUGAGUAUUUUCAAGUGGCUGAUAUGUAACUAUUUUUUAUGUGAGAUUCGAAAUAAUAUAUUAUGAAUAGCA